AUGAGACUGAUCGUGUUUCAAGGUCGUUCGCUGCUUUCUCGUCGGUGUUCCCCUAGGUCUAGAUCAUUUGGGCCGAGGUCUCGUGGAAGAAGCCAUGGGCGCCACGGUUUUGAACCCCCUAGGUUGAGUCGACGGCGGGACCAUGAUGAUUCGGAGUCUGAAUCCUGUCAUGGUGGAUCUCCAAAAGCCGAGAGAAAGAAUAGGUUUAAAGAUUUGACUCCAUCCGGCAUACUGGCUGCGGCAGGCAAAAAGGCCUGUGACUUGUAUAGAUCUUUGUCGCGCGGCCGGUGUGACGAUGAAAGAAGCAAAUCCCGCUCUUCUCACAGACGCAGAACCAAAAGCGUCUCUGGUUACUGCCCUGGAGAGUUCUAUAGCUCUUCGGAAGAGUAUGAGUACUGCUCUGAUGGAUACCGUCCACGAAGAUCAUGCUCCGUGCCUUGUCAUGACUACAACAGUGAUGGAUCAGAUCAGUCUUCCAGCUCUUCUUCAGACACAAGCUCACCUUCCGGCUCCAGUACCGACGAGGCGCACACUCGUCGCAAGAUACUCGGGAAAGGGUUAUUCGCUGCCGGCCUCGCCACCGUGGCCACGAUUCAUGCCGGUCACGAGCUCUACGAGAGCCGAGAAAAGCGUAAAGAGCGGCUGUUAAAAUUGAGCCAAGGCAAGAUCAGUCCCGCGGAGGCACGCAAGCAGCGGCUGGUGGGAAAUCUGAAAGAUGUGGCCACACUCUCAGUUGCGGCGUAUGGGAUCAAGAAGUCCAUUGACGGGUGGAAAGAAGCUGUGAAACAUCAUUCAGAAUACACGGCAUACAACAAAAAAUGCAGGGAAAGGGCAAGAAAACGAGCCCAGAAACGAGCUUCAUCCAUUGAUUCGAUGUGA